CGGAAUGCCGGGCGCUGCUUUGAAGAUGGCGGAGAAUCAAGCGGAGAGCGCGCCGGGGCCGGAGGAAAAGAAGCGAAAACUCAGCGGGAGUGGAGCCGAGCUGCAGAAGGCGCCGGCCGAGCGAAGCGGCUUCAAGCUGAACAGCUUCAGCGUCGAGAAAAUACUGAGAGAGAGCGCGCGGGAUAAAACCAUCUUCAUUCACGGCAAGGUUGGAGAGGACUGCGGAGAAACCCAGGAUGCCGUGGUCAUUCUAGAGAAGACACCUUUCUGUGAGGAAACUCUACCACAGCUUCUCAACAAGGACGCAGAUCUCCGCCUUCAGAUGAGGAAUGACAUCUACAGCACACACCACCUCUACCCCCUUCCAGCUUUCAAUGAGAUAAAGACCACAGUGGUAUAUCCAGCUACAGAGAAGCACAUCAAGAAAUAUCUGAAGCAAGAGAUGUACCUCAUUAAUGAAACAGCAGGUGACUACAAAACCAUCACCAGCCCAUACCUUCAGUCCCAAGCCUUUAGUAUUCAGUGGGUGUACAACAUUCUGGAAAAGAAGGCAGAAGUUGAGAGAAUAAUUUAUGAAAAUCCAGAUCCACAAGAUGGUUUUGUCCUGAUUCCAGACUUUAAGUGGAAUCAGAAGCAGGUGGAUGACCUGUACCUGAUUGCUAUUUGCCAUCGUCGUGGGGUGAAGUCACUGCGUGACCUAACAGCAGAACACCUGUCAAUGUUGCAGAACAUACUGCAGGAAGGACAGGUGGCCAUCUCCAAGCGCUAUAAUAUUCCAGGAAGCCAAUUGAGGAUUUAUCUUCAUUAUCAACCCUCCUACUACCACCUUCACAUUCACUUCACUGCUCUUAGCUAUGACGCUCCAGGAUCCAUGGUGGAACGUGCGCAUCUACUUUCCAGUGUCAUAGAGAACCUGCAAACCAACCCAGAGUAUUACCAGAAACGAACCUUGACCUUUGCCUUGAAGGCUGACGACCCCCUCCUGCAAAAGUUCAAAGAGGCAGGAAGGGUGUAGAAGAGUGAGAAAUAUUUGUUUGCACGUCGUUGAUCUUUACGGUCUGUUUUCUUUGAAAUAAACCGACCUGACACCACAUGCACGUUGAGUUGGGUUACACUGCUUUAGAAACAUCAACACUGGAGACAGAUUCCCUUUGAGCAAGCAGGCUCUGGGUUCUGACCUCCAGUUGCUCAGAACACAGAGUUUUAAGAGUUUCCAUUUGAACAAAAAAAAUGUUGUUGCUAUGGCAUUAAAAUGUUCCUUGCCAGAAUUUGGAGAUAGUGUCAAAUUCCCAAAUGUAGCUUCAAAAACAAAAGGAAGUGAACCUGCUUUGUCAGGCUUGAUUUCUGAUCACCAUCCUGCUUUUCCUCAUAUGGGAGCUGGUGGGGAUGGGAUGGAGAGAGAGAGAGAGGUAGGCACUCAUAAGUUGAUGCAAAACCCAGCCAAAACUGUUGAAUAGAGUUUGUAUUCUGGUUUGCUCAUGCAGAAACGCUUGGAAAUCUUUAGCCUGAGUAAGCAGGGUUUAGGCUGGGUGAGGGCUCCUCAAUGGAGCUUCUGUCUUCACUGCUCAUGCAAUGUAACCCAACUCAGAGUAUGUUUGUGUGUGGUUAGAUCCAGGUUCUUGAUUCUGCUUCUUUCCUGUCACAGAAGAUUUCCUCUUUCUUAUUUGUAGCAAAGCCCUCUUUUUAUGAAGCGAUUGUUAACGCUUUUGCUACAAAUAUAGCAAUGCUUACAUAUCCCUCUCGCCCUCCCUCCUGGAAGUCCUGAUUUCUGUUGGGAUAAAGCUCCACAGACACCAAAGCACCCUUCAGUCCAUUCUUCACAUGCAAACCAAUAAUUAGACGAUGUCAUGCUAACCAACCAAAGGGAUGCCACAGCCUUUAUCAUAUCUUCAGGCGUGAAGGUUCCAUACCUUCCACUGAAUGGCAGUGGAAAUGGGAACCUUAUUUAUUUUUCAUUCUUCACCCACCCCACCCUUUGCCAGUGGGCAGGAGCUGAGAUUGCUGAGGAUGUGAUCAGCUAAUUCAACACAGAGCAGGGAUAACAUACGAAAACGACAGCAGGUAAACACCAGCUGGUCCGUCAAGCUGACUGCAUGCUCAUGAUGGCCGGAACAUCAUGACUGCACAUUUUCCCCCGCCCUCCUCCUACACCCUGCAGCCUGUGGCCUCCUAGUGUGUGUUUCUGAUGAACAUACUAUGGGACCCACUAAACCAUUACAGGACCCGAUUGCUCCAUUUUUAAAGCAUCUUAUGUCUUUUGAUGUCUCAGCAGCUCGUGACAGUGACCUACUCCAAUGCUGCUGCCUGGAGCUUGACACGGUCCCACCGGGGGUUUUCUUUUGGACAGAGGAAACCCCUUUUCCAAAUGCAGAAAUCCUGGGGUCGGGAUUUUCUGGCACCGCCGUGGGGGAUGCAGCGGCCCAGCUAAAAGUCCAGACUGGACGAUCCCAGCAGAGGGCAGGGCUGGAAAAUCCCGCUUUUGAUUCCACCAGCCCGUUACCUUGAUGUUGCGAUUGAGUUGACCUUACCUUUCCAUGUGGGGAAAUUACAGGUGUGUGCCCACCUGGAUCAUGGAUUUUUAAUUUUCAAAAUAGUUGAGAACCACUUUCUACAAAGAGAUUGAACAAUGCCAGCUGAGCCUCUGUGAUUCCCUUUUAUGGCAGUAUUCUUCCCCUCCCUUUGCUCAUCCUCUGAAGACACGUCCUUUUGCUCGGAGCACUGUAACCUAAUUGUCAAUAGCACUCCAGUACCUCGACUGUGUGUAACUCUAGAUGGUGAGUAAAUAACAAUCCAAAUCCUCACGUGAUCCACAGACGAGCAUUUUCUUGCAGGGUUAUUCAAUAGCCUUCAGGACCAGGGGCUUAAGUAAGGUUCUUUGCCUACCAACUUCGCUUGUAGACCCCUAUUUGUCCUCUGCCUGAGAUUAGUGAACACUUCAGAUACCAGGAACCAAAUACUAUGCCUUCUGCUCUAUGUGGCUAAGGAAUCAUUUACCUUGCAGAGUACUGGGGGAACUGAUCUGCUUUUUCUCCAUCAACAUCCAAACCCAGAUACUUUGCUAAAAUCACAGGCGAUGUAUAAAUUAAUAAAAAUUAGAAUCAGAACUUUUUGAUACAGUGACAAUGUUAUAAUUUUUUCAAUGCAGAUUCAUAGUAGUUUAAAGAUCAAUAAACAUUUUGAAGAACUAAA